AUGGUCUGCACGAAGUGCGAGAAGAAGCUGAGGAAGCUCGGCUGCCAGGACGUCUGGAAGGCGGGCGCGCAGAACACCGUGAAAAGCGGCGGCGUCAAGCUCGGCGCCAACAAGCUCCUGAAACCCAAGCACACCAAGAUUUCAAAAAAAGGCGACCUCGACACCGUCAAGUGCGAGACGUGCAAGAAGGGGCUGCUGGACAGGAACUACAAGUUCUGCAACGGGUGCGCGUACAGGAAGGGCGUCUGCGCGAUGUGCGGGAAGAAGAUCCUCGACACCGCGCUGUACAACCAGUCGACGACCUGA